GGUGCACACUCAUUCUCAGUGGACACGCCCGAGCUUGUGUUGGAACAGGAACUGUAGAAGUGUAAUCACACACGGGAGACUCUCUCCACCUCUCUGCAGGAUCUGAGAAAAAGGGAACUUGUCGCUGCUGUCUAGCACAACUCGGGUGUUUAACUCCAAAAGCCAAGAUGCCAGAAAAUGCAGAAGCAGUGUCAGCCACUCUCUCCACCAACAGAAACUGCACCAUAGAAAUAACCAACGUCAGCGCGAACUACUGCCUCAUCAACCCCAAGGUGUACAUGUCAAGUGGCUACUGUCACCACCCGCCCCAGCCAACGAUUCGCACCACCAAGACCGAAGUGUGCUCCUUCACCAAAGACGACAACACCGCCACGGGCGCCGUCGGCCUGCUGACCUACGACCUGUUCCAUAUGCAGAGCCGGGUUUGCUCCGACCGCGUGGCCAUCAUGUUCUCUGUGCCUUUUGACCACAACUUGUACAAGAACCGGCUGGCCGUGGGUGUGGUUGAGCAAUCCCGGGACUGCGACAAACACCUGUACGACCAGCUGUACGAUGGGAAAGACCUCAGCAACUUCACCCGCUCUGAGCAACACGGCGCUGGGCUUCUAUAUAGAGCUACAUAUGUCGAUUUGAGGGCCACGAUGUCCAGUGUUGGCAAAGCCAUUGUGAAAGUGGAGCUCUAUGACAAAAUGGGUCGUUAAGUGUAGAAAAGUCCGCUGGUGUUCUGCCUCUUCAUGUUGUUGCUCCUGUACUCAACAGAAUAAAUAAACGUAAUUUGAUCUGAACACUG